AUGACACCCUCGCACCGCCACCUCUCCGCCGCCUCUGGCGCCCGGGCCCUGCGGACGCUGAUACCGCUGCUGAUAACGCAACUCUGGGCUGCGGAGGCCACUCUGCUCCCCAGGAAUCACACCGCCACAGACCCCGCGACCUUCAGCGCCCCGUGCGCGCGCGGCUCGCAGCCCUGGCAAGUCUCCCUGUUCAAUGGCCUCUCGUUCCACUGCGCCGGCGUUCUGGUGGACAAGAGUUGGGUGCUCACGGCCGCGCACUGCCAGAAUAACAAGCCGCUGUGGGCUCGGAUCGGGGAUGACCACCUGCUGCUUCUCCAGGGCGAGCAGCUGCGAAGGACCUCUCGCUCCGUCGUCCACCCCAAGUACCGGCACGGCUCCGGCCCCAUCCUCCCGAGACGCACAGACGAACAUGACCUGAUGUUGCUGAAGCUGACCAGGCCCGCUGUGCUGGGGCCCCGCAUCCAGGCGCUGCGCCUGCCCCACAAGUGUGUCCAGCCCGGAGACCAGUGCCUGGCUGCUGGCUGGGGGACCUCAGCCACCCCAAGAGUGAAGUACAACAGGGGCCUGAGCUGUUCCAAGGUCAGUGUCCUGAGCCCUAAGGAGUGUGAGGUCUUCUAUCCUGGUGUGGUCACCAGCAACAUGAUGUGCGCUGGGCUGGACCAAGGGCAGGACCCUUGCCAGAGUGACUCCGGUGGCCCCCUGGUUUGUGACGAGACCCUGCAGGGCAUCCUUUCGUGGGGUAUUUACCCCUGUGGCUCUGCCCGGCAUCCCGCUGUCUACACCCAGAUCUGCAAAUACAGUUCCUGGAUAGAGAGAAUCAUUCGUUCCAACUGA